UCAACUUAUCAUAUAAGGAAAGGGAAGUGAUUGAUUCAGAUACUGACACUGUAGAAUCUGGGAAGAGAGACAAAGCUGAUCCUUAGAGCUAACAUACUGAGCAGGGUUAGUCUCCCCACCGGCUCAGCUUACCGGAUGACCAGAGAGAAGACGGCACUAAAAGUCAGGUUUGCUACUUGAAAAGGGGGAAAGGGAAGACUCAUUGAUCAACCUCAAGCCAUGGCAGCAUAGCCCUGCAUUCUAGAGGGCAGCCGAGCAUUCUGGACUCUGUGUGCCUUCGAGUUCCCUCGGUUGGUGGUUUAUCACCAGAAGGAAGAAUGUGGCAGAUUGUUUUCUUUACUCUGAGCUGUGAUCUUGUCUUAGCCGCAGCCUACAGCAACUUUCGGAGAAGCAUGGAGAACAUGGGGAAAAAGCAGUAUCAGGUUCAGCACGGAUCCUGCAGCUACACCUUCCUGCUGCCAGAGACGGACCACUGCCGCUCCCCGUCCAGCUCCUACGUGUCUAACGCUGUGCAGAGGGACGCGCCGCUGGAUUAUGACGACUCGGUGCAGAGGCUGCAGGUACUGGAGAGCAUCAUGGAAAACAACACCCAGUGGCUCAUGAAGCUGGAGAGUUACAUCCAGGACAACAUGAAAAAGGAAAUGGUGGAGAUACAGCAGAACGCAGUCCAGAACCAGACAGCUGUGAUGAUAGAAAUAGGAACAAACCUACUGAAUCAGACAGCAGAGCAGACUCGGAAAUUGACUGACGUGGAAGCCCAAGUAUUAAAUCAGACAACGAGGCUUGAGCUUCAGCUUCUCGAACACUCCCUCUCUACAAACAAGCUGGAAAAGCAGAUUUUGGAUCAGACCAGUGAAAUAAACAAACUGCAAGACAAGAACAGUCUCCUAGAGAAGAAAGUCCUAGACAUGGAAGACAAGCACGUAGUUCAACUCCAAUCCAUAAAAGAAGAGAAAGAUCAGCUCCAGGUGUUGGUAUCCAAGCAAAAUUCCGUUAUUGAGGAGCUAGAGAGACAACUGGUGACCGCCACCGCAAACAACUCCGUUCUUCAAAAGCAGCAACACGAUCUGAUGGAGACAGUCCAUAACUUGUUGUCUCUGAUGUCGACAUCAAACUCUAAGAACUCCUUGGGUGCUAAAGAAGAGCAAAUCAUUUUCAGAGACUGUGCUGAAGUGUACAAAUCAGGACUCACAACUAACGGUGUCUACACACUAACGUUUCCCAAUUCUACAGAAGAGAUAAAGGCGUACUGUGACAUGGAAACAAGCGGAGGUGGAUGGACAGUUAUUCAGCGACGUGAGGAUGGCAGUGUGGAUUUUCAGAGGACUUGGAAAGAAUAUAAAGUGGGAUUUGGUAACCCUUCGGGGGAGUACUGGCUAGGAAAUGAACUGGUUUCCCAGCUGACCAAUCAGCAGCGCUAUGUGCUGAGAAUACACCUCAGAGACUGGGAAGGGAACGAGGCGUACUCCCUGUACGAGCACUUCUAUCUCUCAAGCGAAGAACUCAAUUAUAGGAUCCACCUUAAAGGACUUACGGGGACAGCCGGCAAAAUAAGCAGCAUAAGCCAACCAGGAAAUGCUUUUAGCACAAAGGAUGCAGACAACGACAAAUGUAUUUGCAAAUGUUCACAAAUGCUAACAGGAGGCUGGUGGUUUGAUGCAUGUGGACCUUCCAACUUGAACGGAAUGUACUACCCACAAAGGCAGAACACAAACAAAUUCAACGGUAUCAAGUGGUACUACUGGAAAGGAUCCGGUUACUCGCUCAAGGCCACAGCCAUGAUGAUCCGACCAGCCAAUUUCUAGAAGCUUGUGCACGUCUAAUGAAUGGUGUACUGUACCUGGUUCCAAAGACUAAAUUCCAAAGCACUGAAAGACUCAACUGCACCCCAUGUCCUUUUCCACCUCAGACGACCUGCUCUCGGGUGCUGAAGGGAUCAACGUGCUCCAAAUUAGACCGUGGUAUUCUUUGUCAAUUAACAAAUCAAAGUGCUACCAAAACACAAAGACCUGCCUGCUGGCGUGAUCUGGUAGAACACCUGUGUGGAGAAUAAAUCUAAAGCUGAGAAUCAGACUGACGAUUAUACACCCCGUUGUCACAGCCAAGAACAUGCGAGCUCAUCAGUAAAUAACUGGACGAGGAACGCUUGUGUAAUAUAGUUCAGAUCAUCUUGGAGCUGCACCCUUCUGAGCACUGCCCACAGGCUGUAAAUGCCCACGCGUCCUGAAUUCAUCAUCACUAUCAUAAUUAAAAGGGAGAAAAAGGUCAUUUUUAAAAUUCUCUACACCAUAAAAUGUAUAUUCAGGGAUAUUCUGAGAAGCGGUUAUUUAGCAGUUUAACAUUUGAAGGAGGAAAAACAUAGCUAACGCAUUUCAAUUCUUUUUAGGUGUGUAAAACUUCCAUCUUGAAAAACAGUAUAUUUACAUAUGUGUCGACAGCUUAGUUUUAAGUUAAUGACCAAAUACGUAUUUCAAGUUUAUACGGUGAAAACUUCUGGGACUCCGGAAAUUAUCAAAAGUGUCGUUUUAGUUUAUAUGAAGAUUGUACUAUUUUUUUUCUACUUGGCUGUUAAAUAUAAAGGUAUUUUUAGUAAUUAAAUAUAACUUAUUAGGUGAGAUGACUAUGUUUAACUUUUUUGAUAAUACUUAUAAUUUUGUAACUUCGUUCUGAAACAACCAGAUUGUGCCUUAUGACCAAGAAAUAUCUGAUUUUCAAUUAUGAAGAAAAUCAUAUGACAGAGACUUUACUAUCUUAUAUUUCUGUUCCAAGUCAGAGGUGAUUUUUUCUCUACUAGCAAGAUGUAUUUUAGCGAACUAGCUUACAAUUUAAUUUGUAGUUGAGAAAAACCUGUUUAAAAUACUUAAAAGCUACAUUUCUCAAGCUAGGUUCACCUCUAAUGUAAUU